AUGGGACCACCUAUUCAUAUACAAUACUGUCUGCACAAAAAUGGAAUUCAACAAAACCUCAAUUCAUUAUCACCUAUAUGGACAAGUAUGAUAUGGGGUUUAGAGCAAAAAUCAAACGCUAAACGAAUAGUUGCCUUAAAAGCAUUAAAUGUACUAUUAGAAUCAGAUAUAAGAGGAAAAGUUAAAAAUACACUUAAUACAAAUAAUAGAACGCGUGAGCAGUAUGAAAAUUCAUUUAACAGAGUAAAAAGCUCUGCAUUAUUAAAACUUCUACGGAAUAUGCGUUCAAAUGAUCCUGACCCAGCGAUAAAGGAAAUAUUUGGACAGAUUAUUGACAAAAUUACAACACAAUUCAAAAGUGAAUCAUAUAAUGAGCAGGUAGACAAACCUUCUCGUCUCCUUAAAACAAUAUGGACCAAACUAAGCAGUGCAGAAAAUUUACCCUCCAAACCAUCACACAUAUCUCGAUCUCAGUAA